AUGGCUGGCAGCAGCAGCAGCAGCGGCCACCGCCGCCGCUCUGUCACCGCCGCAUCUGUCGCCGUCACGUCCGUGGACGACGACGAGCGCAAGGCGAGGGAGCUCAGCGCGGCGCUGAACCGGAACCCCCCGAGGAGAAGACUGGCUGUGUCCAAACAGGAGCCGGGAGCUGUCCUGCUGGGCAAUCCUGGCUCCGACGCGUCCGCCCGAUGGGGGGAUGGGGGCCCCGCGGCUGGCGGAGAACACGGGGGCGGCGGAGAUGCGGCGGGAUUGCCGGCAAGCCACCAAGCGGGCCGCCGGAACGGAAGCAGCAGGCCUUGGCCAGCUCCGACUGCCGGCCGCGUAUCGUCCAGCGGGAAGCAGGGCCCAGGCGUUUCUGCAGACGGGAAGGUCGCACAGCUACAGCACCAGCAGCAGCAGCCCGCGGCUAGCGGUUGCUGCGGCGCCGCGGACGGGGGGAACCGGUCGAUGCUAGGAAAGAAGAGCAGCACCGGCAGGAGCGCCACUCCCGCUUCCGCCAAGAAGCAGAAGAAGACGACGGGUGCCAGCGGCGGCUCCUGCUCGCCCGCUUCUUCCGCUGGGGAGACGCCCGCGUCGGCGACAACAACGGGAGGCAAGAAAAGGGGGACAGCAGCGGUGGCGGCCGGGGGGCAUCCUUGGGUGGCGAGCGGCCUCUUCUUCGGACUGGGCACGACGGCGGAGGUGCUGUGGGACGACGGGAGGUGGUACCGGUGCUGCGUCUCGACGGUUUCCGGCGACGGGCAGUCUGGGGUGCUGGAGUUCUUUCCGUACAAGCGCGCUACUCGCGUCCGGGAAUAUUCCACCCAGAGCCUGGUCCGGUGAGAACCCGGCGUGCUCCGUCCCGGCUUUGUAGGGAUGCGAGGUCAAUGGU